GCCCGCUUCCAGUUUCCUUCGCUCCGCCGCCUGCCAACCGCAAAGCCGCCCGAGCCAGAGCCUGUGUCGUUCCUUUCACCCAGCUCAGCUGAUCGGUUGCCGCCGUCGCCGCCGCCGGAUUCCGAAGGCGAAGGACCGAGGCCGAGAGACAUGGACGUGCAGAUCGCCCCGCUGCGCGCCUGGGACGACUUCUUCCCGGGCUCUGACCGCUUCGCGCGGCCGGACUUCAGGGACAUCUCCAAAUGGAACAACCGCGUGGUGAGCAACCUGCUCUAUUACCAGACCAACUACCUGGUGGUGGCUGCCAUGAUGAUUUCCGUCGUGGGGUUCUUGAGCCCCUUCAACAUGAUCCUUGGAGGAAUUGUGGUGGUGUUGGUGUUCACAGGGUUUGUGUGGGCGGCCCACAAUAAGGACAUCCUGCGCCGGAUGAAGAAGCAGUACCCCACGGCAUUUGUUAUGGUGGUCAUGUUGGCUAGCUAUUUCCUCAUCUCCCUGUUUGGGGGAGUCAUGGUCUUUGUGUUUGGCAUCACCUUUCCUCUGCUGUUGAUGUUUAUCCAUGCGUCUUUGAGACUUCGGAACCUCAAGAACAAGCUGGAGAAUAAAAUGGAGGGGAUAGGAUUGAAGAAGACCCCAAUGGGCAUUGUCCUGGAUGCUCUGGAGCAGCAGGAAGAAAACUUGAACAAAAUCACUGACUAUAUCAGCAAAGUGAAGGAAUAAAAGCGUCGCUGGCCUGGUGAUAGGGUCACAGCAGAAAUUCAGUUCCAGUUUGCCCUUGUCCAGAUCUACUUUCUGUUUGUGUAUUUGAAAUAGGAGGUGCACGUACCACCCAACUCCCUAUGGCAGCAUGCGUAUAUAGGCCAAGCUCUUGCUAUCUCUGAUGUGACAGAGACAAGGACACAGAAAGAAAACCACCCCCAAUUUCGUCUGAAGUUUCAUAGGUGUUUAUGAAAACUGAUAGGAGAUGGAUCACCCUUAUUUCUUUAAGGGAAUAAGAGAAAAUAAAAGAAUUGUGACUAGUAUAGCAACAAUGCUGUUAUAGGAAAAAAGUAUUUGUCAAGUGCCAGAAAUGUGAGUAAAUGAAAGGCGGAUAAAGUAGAUGAUGUCAGGCGUUAGCCUAUUUCUCAUCCCUCCAGCAUCCCUCUCCAAGAAGUAUUUCCUAGGCUUGUAAUGUGUGGAGUAUAAAUUAGUUUAGUUUUUAUUGUGAUUCUUUUUAAAAUCAAAGGCGAUCUCUAUCACUUUGCCACCUGUUUGACGUGCAGUGGAAACCGGAUAAACCAGUUUAUACCUUGUUUACAAAUAUAAAGAUGGCUGUUUAGGGGAAUAUUUUGUCAAAUUUUUGUAAAUUUUUGAAAUACUGUUUUCACCAGCAGGUAUGUGUUGCAAACUUAGUGUCACCUUCUUUAAGGUUACAGCUAUGUCACCGACGUUAUUUAAAAAAAAAAAAACUUUAGUCCUGUUGAUAUUGCACAUUUUUAUUGUUAUAAUGGAAAAAAAAAGGUGUCUUAGAUAAUGGUUCCUUUAUUUUUUCAUUGUUUAGACUUUAACUGGAACAUUGAGAAAAAAGGAAAUGAAUGCGUUGUAUUAAUUCCUUAGAGACAAAAAGAGGAUGGUUAUAGCGGAUCUUUUGAAAACUGAAAAGCAUCUUUAGAUGACUGAGCAAAAAGACUUUUAAGAAUUAAAAUGGGAAUGAUUACCAGCUUGCGCAGUUCAUAAAAAAUUUUAGGUAGCAUUGUUAUAAGCAUAUGCUUUUAUAGAUGGACAUUAGAGCUGAGACAGCAUGAAUUUAUAUGUUCCGUUACUUUCUUCUCUUUACUUCCCAUGUAUUAGAAAUAAAAAAAAAAAAAACUAGUAUUAGAAAUAGAUCAGAGGAAAUGUUUUGCUUGCCAAUUUAGUGACUUCGUAGAAAAAGUAGAAAACAUUUAAGCUUCCCUAACACUGAGUUGUGCAGACAAUUGGAGCCGUAUUUGCUGAAGAAACUCUCUGUAUGUUCUAGAAUACGCAGCAACAACAUUUGCUGUUCCUAAUUUUUCUUGCAUUUUAAUUUCUCAGCCAACCUGCAGCCUUCAUCUCUACCCAUUGUUAUCACCAUGACUUCCCAGACAUGGUCUAGAAUCUGUACGCUUACCAAAUAUGAAAAAUAAAAUUUAGCAAAAGGUG